AUGUCGCAGGAGUUAGCCCCGCUCGCCCCAAUGCGAGUCAGAAAUGACUCUGUGGAUUCUUCGAUGGCCACCUGUAGGUUGUUUUUCCAAUAUUAUUAUUGAGAUUUAGAUAUUGCUAAGCAGAUGGGAGAUCCAGGACCCUCGGCGGCAAAUCCAGACGACGAACACUUUAACAAAUUUAUAAACAAUGAGAUUUCUUAUGAAGAAUAUAUGAAAGUUAGUGGAGGAACAGCUUUCGACGAAGACAUUGCGACAACAAAUCAGGUUGCGGACAGAGAGUUGAUGCCUCCACCUAGCUCAUCUCCGCCGAAGAAGGUAUGCGUUAAUUUUGAAAGGCUAUUCUCAAAGUUUGCCUUGUCUUAUCUACAGGGUGGGCCACUCGAAACGGGUAAGUUUUGUCCUUGGAUUUCUCCGCGGAGACUCUGCCGAUUUUCCCGAAAUUUAGAUUUUUCUGUAGCUGAGACCCGCCAUUUUUAACCGGUUGAAUUUGAAAAAAAUAUAUUUUGAAUUGACCUUUCUGUGCCUUCCCAAAGUUUCGAAGAAUUAUUUUCGGGCCGAAACCGCUAAAACUUGAAAAAUUUUUGGAAUGAUUUCGAAGACUUGGUCAUUUUUCGAGUUUUUGGGUGAAAUUUUCUAAGUUUUACCUCAGAUAACCAUAAAAUAUUGUCGUAAAAACAAUUUUAUUUAACGACCUGAUUAUUAAUAUUUCUAUCUGAGUUCGAAAUGCCCAUUUCUUCUCGCAGCACAAACUUGUAGGAGCUUUGAGAGUCAUGAGAGUGUGAACAGCUCGAAUUGCAGAUCGUGAACAUCGUCUAUCUUUAAUCGGGCUGGGCUCCAAGCUUCAAUGGCUUGGAACUGGGGCUCGUUGCCAAUUGUGUGGACUUUUGCAAUCUUUUUGAAUUUUUUUUUUUUUUUUUUUUUUUUUUGAAUGUUCGUGCCCUAAUGGUAAUACAAACAACCCUCUUGUGGCUUUCAACUUGCUUUAAACAAGUUUAAGGCGAGCACUAGCAACUUUUUACUCCGCGAUUUCCCCCAAAAAAAGCCAAAAAUUUUCCAAGUCCGAGAAAGUCAAUUGAAAAUCAUUCCAAAAAUUUUCCAAGUUUUAGCGGUUUCGGCUCGAAAAUAAUUCUUCAAAACUUUGGGAAGGCACAGAAAGGUCAAUUCAAAAUAUAUUUUUUUUCAAAUUCAACCGGUUAAAAAUGGCGGGUCUCAGCUACAGAAAAAUCUAAAUUUCGGGAAAAUCGGCGGAGUCUCCGCGGAGAAAUCCAAGGACAAAACUUACCCGUUUCGAGUGGCCCACCCUGUAUGAUAGUUCAAUAUUUAGAGAAGUAAAAAAGCAAAACCAAAAUCAGUGCCGGUAGAAGCUUUAUUUUCCAAUGAUGAUCUCCCUCCAGAAGUCACAAAUCACGUCAGGAUUGAUUCAGAAUCAGGGGAAUUUGUGUUCUCUGGAACUGUAAGAAUCAAAUAUGAUUUUGUAUACUUCAAUGUUUAGAUGCAUGUUGCCCCGCAAAAAGAACUUAACGAUGACGAUGCUCCGGGACCAUCGAAGGGGCCAAGAGCAAGAAGAACUAACAAGUUGGUGUAUUUUUGAUUUUUCAUUAUAAAUUAAGGGCUAUCGACGGUCUGAUGGGACAAGCGAAUGUUGCAUGUGCGAAUCAACGGUUUGAAGAAGCUUUAUCCUUACUGAAAGAAGCCAUAAGACAGGAACCUCGAGAUCCCGAUCCAUAUCAACAAAUGGCUGAUAUUUAUUUGGACCUUGGAGAUGAGAUCAAAAGCCUCGAAUUCCGGUUGCUGGCCUGUCACCUAAAUCAACAACGAACCAAUGCUGCUGAAUGGGCUGAAGUUGGAGAAACCGCGGUCAGAUUGGGGAGGAUGGAAGUUGCUGCCGCUUGUUAUGGGAAUGGUAAAUACUGUUGCCAUUUUUAUUACUUGUUUUUAGCUAUUCGAAAUGAACCGAGUAAUUGGAUUUACUAUGAAAAACGAAUUGAGCUCCUCGAAACCUUAGGCAUCACCAAGUUUGCGAUGAAAAUACGACUUCAAGCCGCUCAAUCGGUCGAUUGUCAGACGUCGAAUGUGGAUUUUGAUUGGAUGCAAAAAUUGAUUCAAACAGUAAGUGUAAUGUUUUUGAUAUGCUAUUGUUGUUUAGGCGGCUGAGUAUUACAUCGACUGCUUGGAUGAGGAAAAAGCCACUGAAGCUCUAAAGAUAUUCUUGUUGAGAUGCCAUGAAUUCGGAAGAAUGGCUGAUGUUCAACAUUUGGCUUUACUCGGUAAGAUUAUUUUUUGUUGAUUUUUAUGAUUUUAGGUAUGUGGAUGGGCAGGAAGAAGUAUGACGAGUGUGUGAAAUCUGUUUUGGCGCUGUGUGCAGACAUCAAAGCGCUUGAUGCUGAUGGAAAAACUUUUAUAAAGGUAAAGAUGGAUGAACAUUAAAAGAACGUUUUUUCAGAUCACAGUAAGCCACAAAGGGUACACAUUCACCCCAGCUGAUUGUCUCAGCCAAAUCCACGCAAUCGAAGUCCCUGAUACCUUCAACACUCUUAUCCUGGCCAAAUUAAUUGUCUGUUUGCAACAUCUCGGAUACCUCAAACCCAUUCCAUCUUUGUUGGACGUUCUGUUGGCUCGCGCUGUUCAUCAAGAAGAUGAGAUUGUUGCCUGUAUUGAGAUCGGAAAGACGUUCCAUCAACUGGAAUACUUCAAUAACGGUGUAUUAUUUAUGGAAAGGCUAGUUCAAAUGGACCUUUUUGCUCAUCACCCGGAGGUUUUGCAUCUCUGCGGUCUUUUCGAACAAGCAAGGAACAAUUUGGAUAAGGCGUUGGAGUAUUAUCGGGAUGUCCUGGAGAUUCAGCCGAACUUUGUCAACGCGCGGAUCAAUUUAUCGACCGUUUUACAAAAAUUGGGACGAUCUGAGGAAGCCCUGCAGGCAUUAAUGGAUUAUGAUCUGGAUUUGUGCACACAAUUACCGGUAUGUUGAGGAGAUAUUACUUUUUUUGGACAAAAUAUUUUUUUAAAUUUAGGACGAAAGGUUGUUAAUCCGGCAAGCCGAUGUUCUGAAGGGCCACAAACAAGUAGAACAAUACAUCAGAUGUCUGCGAAUGUUACUCAUCCCUUAUUUUUACCCAAUCUACAAGUUUCAAAACUUUACAAAAAGAUCGAGGACAAAAUUAGGUAAUUUUUCUUCUAUUUGUAUCGUAUAUAUGACGCGAAAACCUUUUAACCUCACAUAUUUAAGUGCAUUGUUCAACCCUCUACCGCACAAUGAUCGAAGCCAUGAGAGGAACACAGAUCGAGCGUCUUAUCAAACGUCUGGGGGCUAUUGCUUAUUCAGAAGAACGGCAAGACGGAUCUCUCGGCCAAACAGAACUCCACGAUUAUUGUCUGAUGCUGGUUGAAGCUUUUCAUGAGACUGGAAGGUACAUAGAGAUGGCUGAGAUUGUUUAUCUGGCGAAUAUGCAACCAGAACUACAGAAGUCAACCAUUACCACCUUCAUGAACUUGGUCUUGUACUCAUCUUUGAAGGCGAAACAUUAUGGAGUGGCCUUUGAAUACCUCAGAAACCUCUAUGCAAAUAUGCCGGUGGGUUUUUAGGCGAUUAAAAAAGUGAAUUUGACGUUUAUUAUUUUGUAUCAUGCAUGAUUAUAGGCGAAAGUUCAAAAACUCGAAUUUGAAGAUAAAAUAAACUAUCAGGAGCGUAUUUAUAACGCAAUGAAUUACGUCUUUGUGAGAGACCAGAAUAUUGCGUAUCAUCGGUUUAUAAUGAGAGCGGAAGCCAAAUUCCCAGAAGAGGAACAACUUCAGAUGAUAUCAGGGAACAAUUCGUUGGUGACUGGCUCUUAUCGACACGCCCUAAGUGAAUAUCUCAAGUUAUGGGUGAAGAAUCCUGAAGAUCCAAUGGCGUGUUUGUUGGUUGGGCUUACUUUUGUACAUAUGUCUUGCAAAAAGGAUAUCAGCAGUAGGCAAAUGCUACUGGUUAGAGUGAGUUGUUGGUUCUUGAGACCUACAGGAUACACUGACUACUGAUUUACACCUAUAAAACAAAUUUAGGGAAUGGCGUUCAUGUCCAAGUACCAGAAAUUCCGUGGCGGUCCGAAUCAAGAGACCAUGUACAACAUGGCCCGGAUGUUGCAUCAAGUGGGCAUCCUCGCCGGAGCAAUUUAUUUCUACGAAAAGGUGUUGCAUGAGACAGAAGCACCGAUAAUCCAAACAGAUUUCGGUGAAGUCGAAACGGGUCACAAGUACGACCUCAAGAGACUGGCCGCCCAUAAUUUGGCCUUGAUCUACGAAACAAGCGGCAAUCUUCCGAUGGCUAGACACAUUCUGGAGACAUUUUGUGUCAUCGAAUGA